AUGGAGCGGAAAAGAAAGUUGCCCCCAAGAGCCGCCGCCCGUCAAGAGCAGGCGGCCAAGAGACGAAAUGUAUCGACCCGACAGUCAUCAACGCCAGCUGUUGCAGAACCGCCUCCUCGCGAACCGACACCGUCGCCGACGCCGCCGCCGCCGCCUCCUCCGGCGUUGCCCAAGUCAAUCGAAGUCGGAAAGCCUCUCCCUACCGUGGAGGAACCUCAGCCGACGAACCUGUCUUGCAAAGAAUACCAGUCCGUAUCCGAGAGCGGUGUCAUGUCGGAAUCGCUCUCGAGAUCGCGGCACAAGUGGAUCAGCGAAGGCUUGUUUGAGAAGUUUUGGACGAAACCACACAAACGCAAGGGCGUGUUGCAAGAGGACCCAAAUAACCCACCCAAGGAUAGUAUGAUGAAAGUUGGAUUGGUCACGCUUAUCAUCGAGCCGCACAUCAUCGAAGCAACCAUGUAUGCUGUCAAAACGUCCAAGCUGCUACCUCACCAGCAGCAAAGAUUCAAGCCCAACCCUCAGCCGGCAGUCCAAGAGCAAGCAACACAAACAGGUCAACCGCAACAACCAACCGUUGUGCAACCACAACCACAGCAACAACCACACCCUAACCCUUCAGCGGCCGCACAACAACCUGUUCUCGCACGGCCUGUUCUUCAGUAUGGUCCUCCAAACGGUGCCAUGCGGCCCCCGCCAACCCCUACCAGUCCUGUUACAACCACUCCGACAUCAAUGGCAACACCAGCCGCUUCUGCCCCGAACUCUACUCCUGUCGAGACUGUACCUGUAUCGGCAGAUUCUGCAUCGGCGACGCCUACAUCGGUUACGCCAGUAGUACCAAAGUCGUCAUCCCCGGCUUUGCCAGCCGUGCCGCCGGCCUCUUCUCCUGCAUCGGCGGCAGAAGUACCCGUUAAAGUCACAGCAUCUCCCAAUCCAGGGCCUCCAAGUGUUGCCAAGCCUGCGCAAUCAUCUGCUCCCCAACAGGGACAGCCGCAAGCGCAGUCACAGGGGUUGGUGGCUUCGACUACGACACCUGCUCCAGCCUCCAAGCCCUCACAGCAUUUUUCACAACCACAAAGCACUGCUCCCAUUGCGGGCGGUGCACAUUCACCAGCUUCAACGGCACAAACUCCUCUGCAACCUGCAGGGGCGCCUCAACUUAUCGCCCGCCCCGCUGCCAAUGCUCCAACGAGACAGGCUGUUGUCUCUAGUCCAGCGGCCGGGUCACCUUCCAGCACCUCAUCUCGCCCUGCUGGCACGCCUAAUCAAGCCCAACCGCCUGCACCUAGCAGUAGACCAGCAGCCGCGCCAGCUCCGGCAGCAAAACCUGCAGCAAAUGACCCGGUGAUUGCGCUGCUUGCCCAAAAGGCCUCUGCUGAUCCUGAACUUCGAGAUUUGAUGAAGAGGGUCGCUGUUGGACAAGCAAAGGAUGGGGAGCUGGCCAAGUUCCAAAAGAUAAUCGACCAGCUGAAUGCAGAGUAUCGGCAACGAGGUGGCCAGCAAGGCCCGUCCGCCGAUAGGCUAUUGGUGGAUGGUCGAACCGUGAAGUAUUUUGCUGACGAGGUUCGCACCAUUUUGGACAUUGUGCUCGCUUCAAACCCGAAUCAGAAAUCAUCGGAACUUCGACCUCCUCCGCGAAGUGAUCCGUUGGUCGUCCUUUUGGUAAAAACUGCCCUCGAAAAUCAGCGGAUAAAGGACAUGAUUCGUCGCAUUGCCGAGGGGAAACCCGGAUUCACCGAUGCCACGGACUUGAAGCAAACUCUGGACCGCCUACACCGCGAUGCGAAAAUAACACCCAAGGCCGCCACCACGCCUGGGCCUUCACCCCUAAGACAACCACCAGUAAACGGGCCUACAACUGCUUCCCAGCCGAAAGCCCAAGCACCGCAAGGGGCUCCACAAGCGAAUCAGCAGAUGAAAUCAAAAGCACCGAGCCAUGUAAAUCGACCAGAUAUUUCUGCAGUAGUUUUCGAUUUUGGGUCAGGGGACAGAUAUUUGUUUCCUAGAUUCAGCAUCUUGGAAUUCCUGCCAGCAAAGUCCGGGCAGCAUGUAGUUGCAUCAUUCUUGAUUGUUCGCAAGGGCAGCGCAUCGGAGUAUGGGGGUGAUCCAAAGCUCGACUACUACCAGCCUGUUACGAUCCGCCUGCAAACCACCACGGGACGACAUUUGGAGAACCUGGCACGCGUUGUGGCUCCACAGGACGAGGUUCGCCGUUACAUGGACGAUGUGAUGGACAACAUGACGCGAGCCGAGUACGUGUUGCUUGCCAUGCGGCUGCCACGGGCAGACUUUGAUCCCGAGGAAGUUGUCCCUGCGGCGGAGGACUCCAAAGCAAGCAGCCCAACACCCAAAUCCGAACCGGAGACAGAUAACAGCACCACACCAAAACCAGGCGUGUUGUGGACCACCGGAUCCAACAACAAGGCGACUGUUGCCGCUUUACCAGUAAAGCUUCAAGACCCGGAACAAGAGGCACAGUCCAAGUACGAGCGUCUUAUCCGAUCUGUGGCGGAGAAGGAGGUGGACGGUUUAUGA